CUUGUGUAAUUAUUUAUUAUUCCAAAUUUUCAAACUAAGAGAUUAUGACAACAUGAAAUUAGAUAUACUUUAUGUUAUUUUUGUUAUAAACAUCAUGAAUGUUGCGGAAUCAGGAGGUCAUGGCAAAAAACAUGUUCACCUAAAAAUUAUUGUACCUGUCAUUCAUCAUAAACACACUCAUACCAUUUAUAAGAAACCCAAAGAAGAAAAGAAAGUUAUUAUUCAUAAACACGUCCACGAUCACGGGCACAACCACGGUCAUAAGCACAAACAUGGCCAUAAACAUAAGCAUGAUCACAAACACAAGCAUAUUAAAGAAGAUGACCACCACGGAGGUCAUGGAUACCAUGUUCAUCAUUCGAACCAUGAUUAUGGACAUGAUUGGAGCAAGCACUCGGCAGAAGGGUACGAGGGAUCAUUUAAACCAUCUCCGGAGUUGUCAGUUGAUGAUUUUGGAGCAGUUAGAGAUUACAGUCAUGCCCCCGUAACGCUUCAUAGUGAUGACGAUUAUCCGGUGUUCCAUAAAUCCAUCACAAGUGAAGGUUUCCGUGUGACUGAAGCUAAAGGUUACACUGCUAACGCCCCCAUAGAUGCGCAGCUGGUAACUGGUGAAUAUCAAGUACAAGAAAACGAUCCAUAUGAUAUAACGACUACCUCCUAUCAAAGCGUGUAUCCAGCAUCAAUACAAAAUGAAAAUGUCCACGAGAUUCGUUCGAGUCACUCUCUAAGUGAAAAUGAUGACUACGAAGCUGAAAUCAAUGGUCAAAACAGUGAUACUGAAUACUAUGAUAAAGGUGGGAACGACUUGGUCGAAUACGGCUAUUCCGAAGACGUUGAACCAUCUCAGAAAAGUAAAAUUAUUGUAGAUAAUCCUGGCUAUGGUAUAGCGGCUGCAAAGCAACUAUGGACUAUUAAAAACAACGGAUAA